GCGGCGUGGUUGUGUGCCCAUCGAGAUAGUCCCAGAAAAUACUUUAAGAACCAUCCCGAUAUUAUCGGACCAAAGAUCGCGUGUUUUGUGAAGUGAUAAAAAAGAUUUAUUGAUGAUUUAUGACAAGUCUGUGAAAAGGGCAGCAGUAAUUUGGAAAAAUUAAUAAAGCUGUGGGAGUUUCGAAAAACACAUAUUGCAAAUAAAGUUUUAAGAAAUUAUUUUUGGAGUAAGCUCAUAAGCGUUUCGCCGAAAAUUAGAGCGUAAGGCGAGCGAGUGGGUGGAAGGGGCAAAAUGGGCGCCCUCCGCCAGACCAUCCGCCCGAGCCAGCGGAUGCCGUGCACCACGGUGCGGAUGCGUGAUGUUCGCGCCCCGGCCUUUGACAACUGAAAAUGCCAAAAGGUAGCAAAGCAGCAGCAGCAGCAGCAAUCCCCGUCCCUGCCAAUCGAUAACCGCAGCACACAAAGUGCUGAUCAGCCAAUCAAGGCGAGUAACUAAGCGAUAUAGGGGUAUAUAUAGUCAAAGAGUCCCCCGAAAAAAAAGAGGAGCAAAAAAGUGAGAACCCCGAGAGCCCCAGGAUGCGGAUGUGGAUGUGGAUGCCGCAGGCUGUGCAGCUGCUGUUUGUGAUGGGCUUGUGGGUGAUGCAAGGUCAGGCGCAGUUGGAAUCCAUGGGACAGACAGCCGUAGCAGCGGGAUCGGGAACUGCAACUGGAUCCCCAAACCCAUCCCUAACCCCAUCCAUUCCAUCGCGGAACCGCAUCAAGGCGGAAGCGGAUGCCCUGAUGACGGGCGACAGCUUCAACAUUCGCCACGGGCGCUCUCGUUCGCAUUUCCUCCACUCGAACAGCAGUGGUGGGAGUGGUGGUAGCGGUGGUAUACCCACCACCCGGCUCCUCCUGGUCCCGCCCACCCAGUUGCCCGGGGCUGGGGGCACCUCCCCUGCUCCCGUCACGCAUAAAAUCCGCAAAUUGCACAAGAAGAAAAUCAACGAGAGCAUUCGCAAGAGUGUGGACAAAAGUCUGGGCCUCCUUCAUCCCGCCAAGAACCAUCGCAGUCUGGCCGAGGCCGAGCAUCUGCAGGGUCGUCCUGCCACCGAGGACACCGAGGACACGGCACUCAGCGAGGUCAUGCAGCUGGCGGAUGAGAUUGAGCUGGAGAGUUCAUUCGCCACGGUGGCCCCAACAGGUGAUCCGGAUAUCGUUGUCAAGCAGGCGCGCCAAUUUGUGCGUGAUGAGGCCAAUUACGAGAGGGAGCAGGAGGAUGAACCUCUAGGGGAGGAUGAGGAGGAGGAGGAAGAGGAGGAGGCGGAGGAGGAGGAGCUGCCUGUAUCCACCACCACAAAACCCAAAAUGACCAGAACCCGCCUUCUCCCAGUGAAUGGCACUUGGGGGCGGAGGGAUAGGAUGCGCAGUGACUCCUCCUCGGAAUCGGAUUACGAAAGUAAUGCCCUGGAGGAGGAACAAGAGGAGGAGGAGGAGGUUCAGCCAUUUGGCAAGCCGCAGACCAACGAAAGCCUCGGCACCACUGAGUGGAUGGAUGAGGGUGGUCAGCGAGGAGGCAGGGAGCCCGAGGCGGAGGCCCGGUCCCAGGUAGCCAGCAUGGAGGUCAAGCAGAUUAGCUUCGAUGGCUCCGACUCCGAUUCCGACUCCGAAUCCAGCCUGCUGGACACCUCCGAGGUCACGAUGGACGAUGGCUAUCCGCCGGAUGUGCAGAUCGAUGACAAGACCAAGCAGCUGGUCAUUGGCGAUGUGGAGGGCGUGGAGGAGACGGAUGAGAACAUGGAGUCCAGCCAGAUAACCGCCGAUGUGAUCAACGCCCGGGACAGCAAGAUCGAUCUGGUGUCCAAGUUCCUGCAGUACAUCGAGCAGCAGCACCUGAUGGGCUCCAAUUGCGUGGCUGGUACCUCCCUCAAUCUCGGCGAGGGCGUGGUCGAUAGGUAUGCCCAGGACAGAUUCCGCGUGGAGGCCGAGGUGGCCGUCAAUCGAGCCAACAUGCUGACCAGAAUCUUCAAGACCACCGGCCGUUCCGUCCAGGAGGAUGUCAACCUGCUCCACGCCUCCGUGCUGUCCAUGGUGGAGUUCGACGAUGAUAUAUUCGCGGCCGGAAAUUGCUUCGAUUGGAAUGAGCAUCCCGCGCAGCCGGGACUCUUCUGCCCCUUCGCCUACCGCCUGCCGCCUCCAAAUCUCGGAGCGGUCUUCGCCAAGGAUCUGGCCAUGGAGUACCACUAUCUGGGCAACACCUCCGAGUGGUUCUUCCUGGCCCGCAAGAAUGCCGAGAAGGUGAUAGCCCGCAACGAGCAGUAUCUCAAGUCCUUUCAUCUCUACUCGAACCGCACGGAGGAGCGAAUCGAGGACGACACGCUGGCUGUGAAAUAUGAGGAUGGCAGAUGGUCAAAACCCUAUUACGACUGCGGCGGGGGCAACAUUUGGAUGCUAACCUACACGGUGCCGUUCUUUGGCUACGAGAACGGAACCUAUCACUUCAAGGGCACAUCUGGCAUCGAUAUUGACUUGCGGCGCGUGGACAUCGACCAGUGUCCUCAAAGGCACACUCCUGGAACCAAAAGACCGCUGAACAUCUUCGCCGGAACGGACAAGUGCAAGCAGCGCACCACGAUGUGCGAGGCCAUCAUGGGAUUGGGCUUUCGGCGUGGUUCCUACAAAUGCCUGUGCCGCAAGGGAUUCUAUUUCCCCGACAUCGUAUCGCAGCACAAGUUCUUCAACGGCAGCCUGCUGGAGGAGGAGUACGAGAAGCUGAUGCUGGGCAAGAACUCCACGUACAACAGCAACAGCGAGUACGAGUGCCUGCCCUGCGCCGAGGGCUGUGACUCCUGCGAGGACUCCUCGCCCUGCAUCGCCGCCCUCAACUGGCCAAUGCGCACCAGCAUCCUGGCGCUGGCCUGCAUCGUGAUUGGGCUCCUGCCGCCGGCAGCCUGGUUCACCUUCCGCUACCAGCAGGUUAAGGUUGUGAGGGCCGCCAGUCCGGCUUUACUGCGGGUCAUUGCCUUGGGGGCAUUCUUCAUUUACUGCACGAACAUAGUGAUGUAUCCCAAUCCCAAUCUGUACACCUGCACAGCCCGCAUUUGGCUGCGUGAGAUAGGAUUCUCACUGACCUACGGAGCUCUGAUGCUGAAGACCUGGCGAAUAUCGGUGAUUUUUCGAGUUCGUUCGGCGAAGGCUGUGAAAAUCACCGAUGCUGCCCUGCUCAAGAGACUGGGCAUCAUCUGCGGGGCGAUUGGAACCUGCCUGCUGGUCAGGACCCUCGUCUCCCCACCGGAUGUGGUUGUGGGCCGCACUGCCGACGAUUUGAAGGCCUUCCUCUGUAAGACCGACUGGUGGGACUACACAUUCACAUCGAUGGAGGUCCUGUUUCUGGCCUGGGGCGUUCGUUUGUGCAUCAUGGUGCGGAAGGCGCCCUCGGAAUUCAACGAGAGCCGCUUCAUUUCGAUGGCCAUCUACAAUGAGUUCCUGCUCACCUGCUUCCUCAAUGUGUCCAUGCUCUUCCUGCAGUCGCCGGCCAACCCGGACUUGCUGUACAUCAUCUUCUUUUGCCACACGCAGCUGACUGUGACUCUGCUCCUGGCCCUAAUCUUCGGCAGCAAGGUGUACAUCGUGCUGCGUAGUGGCAAAUCGCAUCAGGAGAACAUCGGCAUGGGCACCAAGGCAUCGGGGGCGAAAUUCAAUUUCCGUCCCCAAGUGCGCACCUUUGCCAAUCCCAGCUCGGUGACCACCUCCACGGUCCCGGUGGCGGGCACCACGUCAGCAGAAACGAAGCUGUCCGACCAGGAGGCGCUGGAGGAGAUCCGCCAGCUGAGCAUGCAGCUGCAGCGCAUCCAGGAGAUGGCUCCGCCCAAGGGCGUGGCGGUGAUGACCAUCUCCAGCCUGCUGGAUGGCCUAAAGACCCCGGGCGGCCUAAUGGUGGUGGCGGCGGCGGCGGGAGCCACUGCCCAUGGCCAUUCGGCCGCCACCCGCCAGAGUGCCCUGCCCCUCCUGGCCCUGAAUGUGGAGAUGCAGAAGUAUAGCCAGCAGAACAACAAUGCCAAUGGGCGUGGCAGUGCCAGGGCCAGUAUUCCCACCAUGGUCCUGGAAACGCCCCCGAGCUCAACGCCCCCCUCGGCGGCCUACGAGGAGCGGGCCAUGAACACGGAGCUAAGUGGCGACGACUUCCGGGAGCAGCUGCUCCGGCGGACAGCCGAUGGGCACAUCAUUUGCAGUCGCUGCCUGGACGCGUCCAAGGAGCACUACUACUGCUGUCCACCGCGCAGCGCCUGCGAUCACAUGGGUUCACCCAAGGAUGAGGGCAGCCUGAGCUUCGCCAACAUCAAGCUGGAGUGCAUGUGCUCCCAGUCGGAGGACCUCGACCAGGUUGAUCCCUGCCAGCGCAGCCAAAGGAGGCCCACAGUGCGAACGGCGGCCACCAAUACGCCGCCGACCAGCUGCAAAAGGCAACCCCGCAAUUUAUUGGAGGCCGAACUCAGCAUUUCGUAUCAAAUUUGUGAUAAUUGUAGAAGUAAGUACAAGCUAACUGGCCGCCGGAGGAGCGGCAGUUACUCGCAGGCCCAGGCGAAUCCGCAGCUUGGCCAGCAGCCGAGUGGCCAGCAGGUGCAUCCCAUCCAAUCCCGCAGCAUCGAGGUCCUGGAUCGCACGACGGCAGCGGAAGUUGAGGGCGGUGGCGCCAGGACCAAGGCGGCCCACUCCACGGACGACAUUGUCCUAUACUCCACGGAGAAGGAGAAGAUCCAUGUCCAGGCUCAGCUGGAGCCCGACUCCCUGGCUGCUCCCUCCCUGGGCAAUGUGUCCAACAACUCGAACAACUCCACCAGCGGCAGUGGAGGCACAUCUCGUCCCAAGAGGCCAGACAAGUUGGUCCUGGAUCUGAACGAUCGGUCCAAGUACACCAAAGAGGUUUCCGUGUAAAGAGAAUGAAUUUUCGCCAGCCAGGCAAAGCUGUUCGGCAAAAGUCGAGAAAACACUGUAAGUUUAGCAGGAUAUUAUAUUAUCAAAUAAGAUUUAUUUAUAUCAGGGACCGGAUGGAUUUUAAUUUUUGUUUAUAGUUUAAUAGUGUUCCAAAAAUAUAAAUUUAAAAUUUAUUUUUUUUCUUUAUAAAAUUAAAUUUAAUAGAACUAUUAAAAAAAAAUUAUAUUCCCAAAUGUCUUGCACACCCAGAAAACACCAUUAUCUUAAAUUUAAGAGUUAUUACCUAAAACCAUAGCCCUGCCCUUAUGUUUUAAAAAAACAUACCUAUAACUAAAGAUUUUAAUAUAUUUUUUUUUAAUAUAAGAGCAUAACAAUAAUAUAGGUAAUAUUCCCUUAAUUUUGGGUUUUUUCUUGGUGUAUUUCGAAUAAUCGUUAGUAUUUUAUAAAGGUAUUAAAAAUAUUUUUCAAUUUUAAAAAAAUGUGCUUAAGUAAGCACUAUUUCAGAAAAAUAUGAUAUGUUGACGGGUAUAAUUUUGGAAAUAGCCCUUCCAUUGCAACCCAAUAUUUUUAUUUUGUAGGCCUUAUAAAAUCAAAUGUUUUCGACUUUAUCUAGUCGAACAGCUUUUGCACUGGCUGGCAGCAAUCAAAAAUGUUUUAUGCUUAGGCCAGUUGAAUUAUCAAAGACUUUAUUAAAUUAUAUUUGUACAACUAAUUAGAUAACUGAUUGACUUAGCUAAAUGUAGGUAUAAGUCGAACCCAAAAAACACCCGAUUUCAAUGAAGUGCCAUGAAUCCAGGAGUUUUGCGAUUUGCAUUGCUAAGCAAAAUGAUUUGCAACUAUAAUGAGCCCCCGAAAUGUUGUGAAUUUAUUGAAUUUGGCAAACAUCAGAACACGCGAAAGUCAACAACACAUUUUGUUGAAAGUCAUGUGUUUUUGGGCGGAAUAUUAAUUAAAUUUACAUUUCAUAUAUGUAGAUAAUUAAAUCUAAAUUGCUUACUAAUUGAAACUUGCAGCAAGUCAUUUCCAAUGAAAAUGAUUUAAGUACUCAUAAUGAUGAUGGUGGUAAAAUGCAUUUGCUGUUAUAUUUAUUAAGCCAUGUUUAAGUGCCGAUCUAUUCAAAAUGGGAGCCCAACCACACACACAACACAUAAAACACACACUCUCUGUAAAAUAGUUAAUCAAAGUUGAUGUGAACUGUAAAAUACACAUAUCUCCUUUAAAAACUCACACAAUACCUUCCAACUAAAUAUAGUGAAUAAAUAAUUGUAGUUACAAUUAAGCAUUAAUUAUCUGUCGUACACUUAGCUGCAAUAUUAUAAAUAUUUCAAAAUCGAUUAAAUGCUGCAAAUUGCCCACCCCUUUGCCGAAAUAUGAAAUACGAAAAAUUACAUUUGCAAAAUCAGUGUUGUCGCUUGAACAGACGAGAACAAACAAUUGCAUGUAAAUUAAGUGCUGUAGUUAAGCGUUGAUGUUAUUGAGUUGGAAAAUAUGUGCAUUAAAUGCGUUUGUUUAAAGCAAUCCAAUAAA